AUGGGAGCACGACUUCUCAACACGUACUUUCGGAACUUGACAUACCUUAAAGGGCGGGAGCCAUGCUACCGACAAGCUAUAUUCACAGUCCUAGCGGCCAUGUUGCCAGAGGCGGGCUUAGUACUGAUGGAUAAAUAUGGCAGAUACCAGCAGAAAUUGGUCGACGAACUCCCGGACCAGCAAACAGCGGACUUGAUGGCGGCCGCCUAUUUGGCUGACACUGCCAAUUUCACACAUCUUCUCCAUGGUUGCAAUGCUAGCCUUCAGAUGAGCAAGGGCUAUACAGCCUUACCAAUUUUUGCUGCUGCCCUCGGUGGCAAUCUGAAUGAGGCCCGGACGCUUUUGCAGGCCUACGGACCAAACGCUCUUGAUUGCAUUCCCUACCGCUCACCAUUGCAUCUCGCUGCCAUGGGGGGCAACGUCGAGGUGAUACAGCUCCUGCUUGCACAUGGUGCCAAUGCUAUCGAAAAGGACUACAAACAGUACACGCCGCUACAUCUCGCUGCAAUAUGCGGACAGGCAGAUGCAGCUGGAGCCUUGUUAUCCACUACUGGUGUUGCUUUUGGCCCUCUGGAUGAAUCCAGGCAUACACCUCUGGGCUUCGCUAUUCGGCUCGGGCACGAUGAUGUUGUUGAAGAAUUCGAAAACAGUAGAAACCCCGGCAUCCUUUGGGAUACAUGCGCAUUUCAGUCCACCUGUACACUCGAGGAUAACUUCAACAACUGUGUGGUAGAGGAAAUGACCGCUAUAGACUACGCAGCCUUCCUAGGGCGAGAGCGGAUUUUCAACAGGAUCUUUGCCUACCAAGGUUAUGACUGCUACAUAGAUGAAACUUUCAUCGUAAUGGCCAUGAGAGGCGGGAACGUUGCCAUUGUAGAGGCAAUACUACAAUCAAUCCCCAACGCACUCGAAAUCUGCACGUCAACCCUCGAGCACUACAGAAAAGGAACAGCACUGUCUGAGGCUGCAGGUUGGGGGAAUGAAGAACUUGUGAGAUUCUUGCUCUCCAUUUCAAGUGAAAGCCCCAGAAACAUUAGCGACAAUGAGGGCAAAAUGGCGCUGUUUCGCGCAAUCAAGGGGUCCAGUCACCUUGGAACUGUAAAAGUCCUACUGAAUUACCCUGGAAUUGAUCAAGGGUCAACUCCAGCUCUUCUUUGGGCCAUCGAGAACACCCCUCCCAGCGUUGAAAUCGUCGAAGAAUUGCUCGACCAUCCACAUAUUGACCCAAAUACAAAGAAUGAAUUCGGUCGAACCGCUCUAUUUGAGAUCUUCGCCGAGCCCGAAUACUCGAAAAAACACUUCGUCUUCGACGUCGCCAGGGUCCUUCUCGCCCGAGAAUCGGUCAACAAACAUGUCAUUGAUAGGGAUGGAAAUAGCGCUUUGCUUUACACGGCUAAGAACUCCCACAUAGGCUUUGAGCUCCUACUCCCGUUCUUUAAAGACAAUAUCUGGCAUUGCAACUUCAAAGGUCAGAAUGCGCUUGAUCUGGCAGUGGCCGGUGGGCAGUUACCAGUUGUGAAGAGACUACUCGAGCCGGUUCACCAAGUGACAAAGGAAGCUGUUGAGCAAGCUCUCAAAGCCGCACACUCGUUAUAUGAUUUUUAUUGUAAUACUAAAACUUCUUAUUUGCAAGCUGGAGGGAACUCGGCCGCUGCCGUAUUUCAAUUAAUCAUGGGGGUUUUUGCAUUCCAGUGGAUUAUAGACUGGCUUAGAGAAUGUCUUGAGAUGAUGCCUUGUUAG